UGCCAAAGGGAUGAAGCACCUGGGGCUUCUGCCUUGGGCAACCCACCUGCAGUCUCCUCAGUUGCACAAGUUCUGAUAAAAGAUGAGCAAGCGCCAGCCUGUGCAGUUUGUGAUGCUCUUUUGCCAAGGGAUUACAGAAAGGUUUGCAAAUACUUCAAUAUUACCUGACACUCUUAGGCUAAUUAAAAAGCGUGCUGAAUUUUUAUCUUCCCCUCUCCACAGCCAUGCCAUCCGGGGCUACCCGAUACCCCUCACCAGGUUGAAUUUCACAGGCUGCUGCCAUAAUAAUGCCGUAUGCAACAGAUGACUGAACGGGCAGCUGUGGGCAGCUCAGUGAAAAACUCUCCAGAGCAGACUGGCUUAGCAACCUCAGAAUUUCCUUUUGGUUUCUUUUGAUAAUGAAGAAAGAAAACAGUUUUGCUUUCAACUAUGACUUCUCAGGAAGAGGUACAAGAGACAAAUACCACUUCUGGAAGUCUUGAAAUCAUCUCUGUGACAGAAGAUGAACCACCAGUACCAGAAAUUCAGUUUUCCUUCAAAAGAUUUUUUUGUAUACCACAAGUGAAAGUGGACCCCACUGCAGAUGGAUCUGGAGAUAUCGAACCAACUUCGUUGUGCCAUGUUUUUGUCUCCCUAAAAUACUUUCCAUAUAUCUGUGGUUUAUUCCUUGCAGUAAUCCUAGCAGUUGCGAUUGGCCUGGGUGUCCAAUACAACUGCAUUGGGAAGUUUCGCUGCCGAUCAUCCUUUAAGUGUAUCCAGAAAUCAGCCAGGUGCAAUGGUGUCUUCAACUGUAAAGAAGGGGAGGAUGAGUACGGAUGUGUCAGGUUGAGUGGUAAGAAAGCAGUGCUGCAAGUGUUCACUUCUGGAUCCUGGCGAACAGUCUGCUCUGAUGACUGGAAAGCAGAGUAUGGAAAUACCACCUGCAAACACCUGGGUUUUUCAAGUUACGUGAGUUCAGGUUACCUGCCUGUGGCUGCAGUUGAAAAACAGUUUCAAAGACAUUUCGUAUCCCUCAGCCACUGGUUUUCAGCUGAUCAAGUGACAUCACUUCACAAUGCAACAAACCUCAGAGAGGAAUGCACUUCUGGCAAUGUGAUCAUCUUAAAAUGUUUGGUGUGUGGGACACGGGCCAGCUACGGGCCGCGGAUUGUGGGGGGCAACGCGUCCUCCCCCCGGCAGUGGCCCUGGCAGGUCAGCCUGCAGUUCCAGGGACAUCACCUCUGCGGAGGGUCUGUCAUCACCCCACGCUGGAUCAUCACAGCCGCCCACUGCGUCUAUGACCUGUACUUGCCGAGCUCAUGGAGUGUGCAGGUUGGUUUUGUGACUCAGCAAGACAUCCAGGUUCACCCAUAUUCAGUGGAAAAAAUUAUAUACCAUCGAAAUUAUAAACCCAAGACAAUGGGAAAUGAUAUAGCACUGAUGAAACUGUCAGCAACACUUCCUCUCAAUGGUCACAUAGAGCCAAUUUGUCUGCCUAAUUUUGGUGAACAGUUCCCAGCAGGGAAAAUGUGCUGGGUGUCAGGAUGGGGAGCAACUGUGGAAGGAGGUGAUACAUCCGACACCAUGAAUUAUGCAGGUGUUCCUCUGAUUUCUAAUGCAAUUUGCAAUCACAGGGAUGUCUAUGGUGGGAUCAUAACUUCUUCAAUGCUUUGUGCUGGUUUCCUAAAGGGAGGGGUAGACACCUGCCAGGGAGAUAGUGGAGGCCCUUUAGCAUGUGAAGAUAUGAGUAUCUGGAAGUUGGUGGGGACCACCAGCUUUGGAGUGGGCUGCGCAGAAAAGAACAAGCCGGGCGUCUACAGCCGAACCACCUCCUUCCUUGACUGGAUACAUGAACAGAUGGAGAGAGAAGAACUGCAGACCUGAGGACAGCAGCAGUGCGCUGGGCUUCUGAAAACCCGCAUCAUGCUCCAGUCCCACAGAAGGACCCACCACACUCUUCUGGACACCUGCUCUGGGCUUUGUACCUUCAUACACUACUUUUAACCAUUCCUUUUUGGAACCAGUAUUUAAUGAAAACUGUUGCAUAAUCAGGCUAUUUUGUGUGGAAGAGGCAGCUGGAUGCUGGAUGAUGGGCAUGCGCAUCAACUGUCAGCUACAAAUUCCACAUGUAGAAAAAGUGCUGAGACUGAUAACCCAGGAUGCUAUCAUGAUAAAGUUUUGCAGGCACAAUGAGCAAAAGACUAAAGAAACUUCAGAUCAGGUUGCAAGCUAUUGCUUUAGCACUUACCUUCCAAGAACCGACUUCAAAAUACUUUUUUUCCUGAAAGUACUCAUAUAUAAGGUCCAUGCUCUGUUGCAAAGGCAGCAACAUCUUUCAUUGAAGCCAUAAAGCAAGCAGGAAGCAAGCAGCUGGUGAUUUUGGCAAGCAUUUGGCAAGUAUGGUUAACUUCUUAUAAUAGAAAAAAUCUCUGGAUCCAAAUCUUUUAUAAUGUGGCUGUGAACAAAGUCCCUAAAAAUUGAAUUCUUAGGUGUUUCCUUAUGGUAAAUAGCUCUGAAAUGAACAACACACAGGUUUUAACUUUACUGAAAAAUUCUGAGAUUACAGAACAAGCUUAAAGGAAGAGGAGCUUCUUUACCGCCUUCAAUAGACCAUAGAGCCAAACCCAUUGCUCUACCUGUGAUGUAUCAUGCAGUGCAACAGCCAUUGAGUACUCCCCAGCUCACACCAUGUAGUACAGUCCACCAAUGCUCAGUCACCUUCCCUGUUUUCCCUCCCUUUCUCUGCAGACAGGACAGUGAAGAUCCCACACUCUUUGUGCCUAUUGGUGACAUCAGUGGUGUGGAUGAACCGAUGCCAGCCAGGCAAGGGACAAAAUAUCUGAAGUGCUGCUGUGGUUUCCUGCUUUACAAGCCAUUUUAAUAUAACAGCCUCAUGUUGCUAAGUUGGAAGGUGUCCAAUCAUUUUGUACUUGCCCUUUCUUAAAUCCUGGGAUGAAAGUCAUCAAUUUUAGAACUGACUGCCAGGGACUAGGUAGGCUGAAUACUGGAUAGUAUCGCCAGAGUUUUUGAAUAUCAGCCAAAAUUGAUCUUAUCAUCUGAUCAAGGGCUGCUGAUUUUCUUGAAAUGUGGUUUUGGAUGCAGUCUGUAUGCUUCUGAAUCAGUAUCUGCAUCACCACUGUCACCCAUUACUGAUGCAAGAAAGCAUCAGUGGAAUUGAAACUCUUUUCUCACUGCAACGUAUUAGGUCAAAAUUGAGAAAGAACAGGAAACCUGUAUGAACUGUCAACCUCCAUGUUCUUCUGUGGAUACUAACUUUGAUCUUAGAGGACAUUGAAUCACUAUCUUUCACCUUGGCUAAAGAAACUGCAGUGCAAUGGAAAAAGCACUUCCAGAAAUGGCAUGUUGUUGGAAAGAAGACAGAAGCAUUAUUGCAAAGCUGACACAAAAACUGGAAUGAAAUGGUAAAUUUCAACUAGACAGAACCAGAGUUUUAAUGUUCACUGUUAUAACAUUUUCACAGCCUCAACAUGGUUCAUGUUUUAGUAUUAUCAGCAGUCUGGAGAUAAGGACACUGCUUCCUGAGCUCACAGAGCUGUUAUUUCAUAUUUCUGAAAACACCCCUGAAAAUUGAUUUUUAACUCCUUCUAUUUACAUAAAAAAAAAAAAAAAAAAAAAAAAACAACCAACCAAACAAACAAAACCAAAAACAAACCAAACCAAAACCAAACCAAACAAAAAACUGUACAAUAAAUACCCAUCGUGGUCUGCCUCUAUAUUAGAAAGAAGUCCAAUGUAAAAUGUAGAGAGCUAGUGAACUCUUACGAACAAGAAGCCACAUUGCCCCCACCCCCAGGUCAAUGGCAAGCACUUAAGGGUAGACUUAACCAAGGCUCACAGAGCUGCAAAUCUUUCUUUCUGAUUUCUGUUAUGCCCCUUGCUGUGGUGUUUUAGAUAUAGGCAGAAUACAAAAGAGUCUCUCCGUAAAGCUGGAUCUUCCUUCCCCAGUGUAUGCCACUAACAUGCAUGCCAGAGGUUUAAAAAAAAAUAAAUAUAAUCAUAAUAUUAACAUGUUUCUUUGUGUUAACACAAGUGAAGAUAUACAAGGUUUUAGGACAUUUUCUAUGGGAAGAGUUUUAUACAGACAUGAGCAUUGUGUAUUAUUCAAAGAGAGGUGGGAUUGAUGAAGCAUUUUCUAACUUGUGGACUCAGAUCACUGGUUGAAAGGGUUGGUUUGACAUAGAAUUGCAUUACAGCCGUAGUACCCCUCAGAAAUACAACCCGCUUGUAUGCAUAGACUGUGGAGCAAACUCACAUCAAUAUGUAAUAGACUCUCAGGAAAUGAAUCCAGCGUAUAACUUCACAGGAAAUGUCCAGCAUAUAAAAAAACCCCAAAACCUCCUUUGCCAUUCAUCAGCUGUUCCUGUCAUGAUGUUUAAGUCCAGAAACUGAGACAAAGCUGAUAAGUUUGGAUGAACCAGAUGUGACAUGUGUUCAAAAGGCACUUUUCCUGAACAGGCUGAAAAAUAUCACAUAGAUAAACUCUCCUUU